AUGUCUAAGAGCUGUGUAAUCUGCGGUACAGAGGAGAGCGAAAGCGAACUACUUAUCGAAGCUCCAUGCCGCCGCCAUUUGGUCUGCGCCGACGAUCUUGCUAGCUUUUUCGAGAAUGCGACAAACAACGAGAGUCUAUACCCACCGCAGUGCUGCGAUGUUAUGUUUGUGAAGCAGCAGGGCGAGUAUACAAUCCUGGCAAAAUUCCGAACCUACUGCGCAAACCCAGCUUGCGCGAAAUUUCUACCCCCCGGAGCCCACGUCGAAGACCCCGAAACGAAAAUCACAUAUGCCAUCUGCGAGGCCGAAGAGUGCGGAAAGUUGACUUGUGUAAAGUGCAGGUCGUUGCUCGAUGAAGGGACCCAAAACCACAAAUGCGACCAGAACGAAGACGAUAAGAAGUUCAAGCAGACUGCGAACGAGAAGGGUUACCAAGAGUGCUUCGUUUGCGGCGCAACCGUGGAGUUGGCCGAGGCAUGCAAUCACAUCACGUGCGAAUGCGGCAACUCAUUCUGUUACAUCUGCGGCGAGAACUGGCCUAUAAUGCACGGCUGCCCGCAAUACGGACCCGCAGAAUACGACGAGGAAGGAUACAACCAGGAGGGCUUCCAUCGCGAUAGUGGCCUCAGUCGCGAAGGUCUCACUCGUCGUCAAGAAGUCCUGCGUGCUCGUGCACUAGACGAGGCGCAGGGUCACGAUGACGACGAUGAAGAUGACGAGGAGGAAGGUGAGGAGCAAGAUCCCGAGUGGGAAGUUCUGCAACAUCUGACUCCGGACCAACGCGCUAUUGUCAAUAUGCUUCCUCACGGGCCCCGCGAAGAUGCUUUGGAUCAGCAUCGCAUCGAGUUGUUCGAAAACCAGGGCAUUCUAUUCGAUCAGUUCAAUCCUCAUCCUCCGCCUCCGACUCCACACCCGCAAGAUGAUGGUGAGGACGGUGACGAGGAGGGAGAAAAUAACGGUGAAGACAACGUUGAGCGCGAGGACAACGAGGACAUCGACGCUGGACACGGACCCGCUCUCGAUGACUUGCCAACUGAAGCAGCAGUCAAUGAUCCAAGGUACAUUCUCGAUGCAAACGGAGAAAUGCGGGUUACCCUUGAUAUACCAAACGAUCAGGUCACCAACGAAUUGCCAGGAGCAUUCCCCGCGGACCAAAAUGAAUUCUACGACUUCGCCAGCUCCAACAUCCAAGUCGCCCCUGCCGGCGAAGAAGCUGCCCAACAAGAUACCCCCGCCGAAACCACCCAACCCACUCCUUCCCACAACGACGUCAAUGAUGAUGCACCCGUAGUUUAG